AUGGCGGAGGACAAAAGGUGGGAUGAAUCAUUGCACUGCUUUGAACUGAGGUUGAAUGAGGUCAAAAGAAAGAUCGUUGAAAAAGGAAAUGAGAAGCCAACGAACAUCGGAGCUACGCGAGAACUCGUCGUGAAUAUCACGAAUGCGGUCAUCGUUUCUCCGGCGAGGGAAACGUCCGGCGGGCUCUACGCUCUCUCUAACCUCGACCAGACCUACCCUCACAUGAUCGAGAUCGUGUUCGCCUUCAAAGGCGAAGGGAGGGGAAGCUGUUCCACUGCGACCGAGACGAUCAGAGCGUCGCUGGCUGAGGUAUUGGUCGACUUCUAUCCAUUCGCAGGCAGACUUGUCAUGGGCAGUGAUGGGAAGAUGGCAGCGACAUGCACCGGGGAAGGUGUCUUGUUCGUCGAAGCGAUGUCGGACGACGACAUCGGGAUGCUAGGCGAUAUUAGCGUCAUCAAUCCUGGGACACUGCGAAAACUUGUGAAGCAUAGCGACGGAGCCCAAACCAUAGUGGAAGAAUCUUUGCUCACCGUGCAGGUGACGACAUUCAAGUGCGGAGGGAUCACCGUCGGCAUCGUGAUGAAUCAUGUCCUCGUCGAUGGUAAAGCCCUCACGGACUUCCUAACUUGCUGGAGCGAUGUGGCUCGAGGCAGGUCGCCAUCGAUUCUUCCCUUUCUCGAUCGAUCGGUGUUGUGCCCGAGGCGACCUCCACGUGUCGAUCUCCCCCACCAUGAGUAUGCUCCGAUAGAUCGGCCAUCUGAAAGGAUAAUCGACCCCCAAACCAAGCCCCAUGUUUACAGAUCAUUCAACUUCGAACCACACACUCUCAUUCAACUCAAGAAAGUGUCAACAAUCACAACCCACGAUGGCUCUACCAUAGUCCCUACGAGCUUCGAAGUCAUAUCCGCGGUCGUGUGGACCAAAGCUCUCGGAAUGGAUCCUCACGAGGCAACAAAGCUUCUCACAGCGGUCGAUGGUCGGCCCAAGUUCGACCCACCGUUACCAAGCGGCUACUUUGGGAACGGCAUUGCUUGGUCAUGCGCCGAGUGCAGUGCGGGCGAAUUGACCCGCAAGCCCUUCUUGUUCGCUGUCCGGACCGUGCAAGAGGCGCUCCGAUGCGUCACCGAGAGUUACAUACGGUCGGCCAUCGACCACGUCGAGCUGAACAGGGUCGUGGUCGACUACGAGGGUAACACUUGCUGCAUCAGCAAGUGGAGUCGGCUCCCUUUCUACGAGACGGAUUUCGGGUUCGGGAGGCCGUUCCAGGUGGCGCCGACCACGGUCCCCCACAACCUCGUCUUGGUCGCUUCCCAAAGCGGGGAGACCGACAACUUGGUUGUGUCUCUGGGGCUUCCUCGUGAUGCCAUGGAUGUUUUUUCAGAGUUGAUUCAGUCUGAGCUCGCACUGAUGAACAAGUACUAG